CCACUCUCAUAUGUGCCAGUGCCAGCAUCCAGAGCCCCACGUUGACUGAGGGAGCAGCCACCAGCAUGCAGGGUGAUGAGAGCCUCCAGAUCUUGGUGGGGUCAGAAGGGGACCACUUGCCAUUGAUGGAAAUGGGUAGUUGUAAGCCCGAGGCCUCUGAUCAAUGGGACUGUGUCCUGGUAGCUGAUCUCCAGACCCAGAAAAUUCAGAAGCAUGUUGAGAGGCAACGGCAGUUCCUAAAAAGUCUCGAGAGAAACGGCUUCCACUUUAAGGUGAUAAAGGACCAGAAGAAGGUGUUCUUUGGGAUCCGAGCUGACAGUAGCGUCAUCAACAAGUACCGGACUCUCCUCAUGAAGCCCGAAGAUCUUAGCUCCAGAGGCAAGAAGAGCUUCAACACAGCUACCACAAGAAUCCGAAUUGUGAGCUUUGUCGUGAACAGCAGGCUGAAACCCGGUGACACCUUUGAGAAUCUGGUGAAGGAUGGAGUCUUUGAGACCAUGUUUCUUUUGCACAAGGGGGAAAAAGACCUGAAGAGAACAUGGGCUCGGUGGAGAAACAUGUUCCAGUCACAGCCAAUUGAUAAAAUCAGGGACUACUUUGGCGAGAAGGUGGCUCUGUACUUCACCUGGCUUGGCUGGUACACCUACAUGCUGGUGCCUGCUGCUGUGGUGGGCCUCAUCAUCUUUCUGAGUGGCUUUGCCCUGUUUGAGUCCAGCCAGAUCAGCAAAGAGAUCUGUGAUGCUGAUGACAUCUUCAUGUGUCCUCUUGGCGACCACAGUCGCAGAUACCAGCGUCUCUCCGAGAUGUGCACUUUUGCAAAGCUCACUCAUCUCUUUGACAACGACGGCACUGUGCUAUUUGCCAUCUUCAUGGCUCUGUGGGCUACCGUCUUCCUGGAGAUCUGGAAGCGAAAGCGUGCUCAGGAGGUCCAGAGCUGGGACCUGUACGAAUGGGAUGAAGAAGAGGAGGAGAUAGCCCUUGAGCUCAUCAACUCUUCACAGUAUGAGCUGAAAAGCCACCUCCAUUCCUACCUGAACAGCACCAUCAUCCUGAUCAUGUCCCUGAUCAUGAUCUGUUUCAUAAUUGGCAUGGCUCAUGUGCUGGUUGUCUACCGUGUGCUGGCUGGUGCUCUCUUCAGCAGCUUCCUGGAGCAGCAGGUGACCACCGCUGUGGUGGUGACUGGGGCAGUGGUACAUUAUAUAAUCAUUGUCAUCAUGACAAAGGUCAACAAAUGGGCAGCCCUGAAGCUUUGUAAAUUUGAGGAACCCAGGACCUUUUCAGAGCAAGAAAGCAAGUUCACUGUCAAGUUUUUCAUCCUGCAGUUCUUCACCCACUUCUCCUCUCUCAUCUACAUUGCCUUCAUCCUGGGCAGGAUCAACGGUCACCCUGGGAAAUCCACGCGCCUGGCUGGCCUGUGGAAGCUAGAGGAGUGUCAUCUCAGUGGCUGCAUGACAGAUCUGUUCAUUCAGAUGGCCAUCAUCAUGGGCCUGAAGCAAACUCUGAGCAACUGCGUUGAGUACCUGAGCCCGUUGUUGGCCCAUAAGUACCGCUUAUUUCGGGCUUAUGAACACGGUCACACGUCCGACCCAGAUCUGAAGGAGUGGCAGCGUAACUACCGCCUGAAUCCAGUCAACAGAUUCAGCCUGUUUAAUGAAUUCAUGGAGAUGAUGAUCCAGUAUGGCUUCACCACCAUCUUUGUGGCUGCCUUCCCGCUUGCACCCCUGUUGGCCCUCUUCAGCAACCUUGUGGAGAUCCGCCUGGAUGCCAUCAAGAUGGUCAGACUACAGCAGCGCCUGGUUCCUCGAAAGGCUAAGGACAUAGGGACCUGGCUGCAGGUGCUGGAGACCAUUGGGGUGCUGGCAGUCAUUGCCAAUGGAAUGGUCAUUGCCUUCACCUCUGAGUUCAUCCCCAGAGUAGUCUACAAGUACCACUAUGGCCCGUGCCGAACGAAUCAGACCUUCACAGAUGACUGCCUCAAGAACUAUGUCAACCAUAGCUUGUCUGUCUUCUACACCAAAGACUUCAAGGACCAUGGCAAGAUGGAAGGCCAAGAAAACGUGACCGUGUGCAGGUACCGGGACUACCGAAAUGAUAGCGAUUACAACUUCUCUGAGCAGUUCUGGUUCAUUUUGGCCAUCCGGCUGGCCUUUGUCAUCCUCUUUGAGCACUUUGCCCUGUGCAUCAAGCUCAUUGCUGCGUGGUUCGUGCCUGACGUGCCCAAGUCAGUGAAGAAUGAGGUCCUGGAGGAGAAGUAUAACAGGAUUCGCGAUAGAAUGUGGUAGGGAUGCAGAGGCUCACCUGGCUGGGGCGGGUCUGUGC